AUGCUGUCGCCCAGCAUGCGACCGUCUUUGCUCUUGAUGACAUGCAUCCUCGCUCCCACAACACUGACAGCAGGAGUGCCAAAGAGGUCGAUCUCUUUACCGCUGAACCGUCGCGAUAAGUCUGGUUCAUCAUCCAUCAAUGGCACAUCUCUCCUGACGGCAACAAACUUCGGGUCGGUCUUCGACACCAACGUGACAUUCGGUGAUCAAACCUUCCAGGUCUUCAUUGACACCGGCAGCAGCGAUACCUGGGUCGUGAGAAAUGACUUCACAUGCUUUGACCGCACCUCCGGGCUCAAACUCCCACAAAAGUCCUGCAACUAUGGGCCAGCCUCAUAUGAUCCCAUCAACAGUGCCAGCUAUGAGCUGAUCCCCGACGAGAUCUUCGGCAUCCAGUACGGCGACGGCAUGUCCUCGGGCGUAAUGGCGUAUGAAAACAUCACACUCGCGGGGUUAUCCAUCCGGCAGAAAGUCGGCAUCAUCAACGCCUCUUCACCUAUGGGCGAUGGUGUCAAUGUCGGCGUCCUGGGAUUGGGAUAUCCUUCCUUGACAUCGGCGCAUCCAGGACCGUCGCAGGACAACGAGACGUUCUGGUACAACAGACUUCCAUAUGAGCCUCUCAUCUUCAACAUGUCGGAGCAAGGCUUGAUUGACCCCUAUUUCAGCCUUGCCAUUGCCCGUACGUCGCAAAACGAGACCAUCGGGUUCGGUGGGUACCUCACACUCGGCGGUCUGGCACCGGCGAACCACAGCGACAAGUGGGCCACUGUCCCAGUCGAGAUACACGAAACCAUACCGGCGAAUUUCACGAGCGGAGAAAGGGUCAUCUCUUACUGGACAACAACAGUCAACGGCUUUAGAUACGGGCCUGCAACUCCCGUAGGUGGUGGCUCACAGAAUGACGCGAAGAACCUGACGACGGAUGAUACACGUUUCCAAGUCUUCUUCGAUAACGGCAACUACCUAACUUUCCUCCCUGAAAAGAUCGUUGCACCAAUCAACGCCUUAUUCGACCCUCCUGCCAUCUGGAAUGAUGAGCUCUCCAUCUAUGUUGUGCAAUGUGACGCUGUCGCACCGGCGUUUGGUAUCACGCUCGACAAUCAGACGUUCUUCCAUGACGGGCGCGACCUCGUGUACCAGACGGAAGCAGGCAUUUGCAUAUCGAAUCUCGUUCCGUCCGAGACUAUUAGUAUCGGCGACAUCACCCUACACAUAAUCGGUGCAGGGUUUUACAAGAACGUCCUCAGCGUCUUCGACUUCGGGAAGAAUGAAAUGCGCUUUGCGAGUCUGUUGGGAGAGGUAGUUGUGGGUCACGACUCUAAUCAGUCCACAGGCGAUACCACUGCUCCAGCUCAGAGAAAUGCUGCGUCAAGCGUGGCUGCAAGUAUAAUUUUGGUCAGUGGGCUCGUUGCGGGCCUGCUCUCACUCAUGCUGGCAUGUUAA